GCUAUGUAUGUGGGACUGUGUCGUAAAAUAGGGAGUCCAACAAUAGUGAGGAUGAGAAGAGAAGUAAUGGACACUUCGGAGGUGAUGAGUCAGCCUAAGUACCUCAUGAGGGGAAUGGAUAGAAUGAGGAGCGGGAGUAGACGUGAGGGAUUCAGAUUGAGGAAUUCUGAUGUUGAUUGCAUGUUCUGGCCUCCAGACCACAAGGGAUAUUUCCUGGCAAAUACUAGGAAUCUGUCAACAAAUCUGUCGGGACUUCCCGGGAGCCCGAGAAUCUUACCAACAUUUGCUCCAACAAGAUCCACUUCACAAGAUUCAGGAAGCGACGGUGUUAAGAAUGAAUACACUUUCCCAAUGAGUGAUGUAAAAAGAUUUAUGCUACACAUGUAUUAAAUCAGCUAGUGUAAAUUUUGACAGCUCAUAUUGAAUAUUAGUGAAGGACUAAGUAUAGUUUUCCAUUUAAUAUUUAUCAUUUCCUCCUUUUCAAUCAAGUUUGUAGUUCCAAUGUGGAGGAUAAAGAAAAGCGUCGUGUUAUUGUCUCUCUCAUUGUCCCUCUUUUCCUUUGUAAAUUGUUGUUGUACAAUUUGAAUGGAAUAUUGAUUGAUAAUUGUGGACAUACAUGUAUUAGACAAACUUUAAUUUUCCUUAUCAUGUUUAUAGCAAGCAACAUAAAGCAUAAUGAGUUAUAAUGAUCUAAUUUUCUUUUCCGCCUCAAUGUGUAAAAUGCAAAUUAUUUCUGAAGUAGAUUAUUUAAUAAUUAGCCUUAAAAUAUAACAAUAAUCUGAUUUUGAUUCCAUUUACAG